AUGUUCCGCAACCAAUACGAUACUGACGUGACUGUGUGGAGUCCAGAAGGACGUCUUUUGCAGGUUGAAUAUGCAAUGGAAUCAGUCAAACAGGGAUCGGCCUGUGUGGGUCUCCGUUCCAACUCGCACUGUGUGCUCGGUGCCUUGAAGCGAUCCGUGUCGGAGCUUUCGUGGCAUCAAAAGAAGUUGUUGGAGAUUGACGAUCACAUGUUGGUCGGAAUUGCUGGCUUGACGGCCGAUGCCCGUACUUUGGCCAAGUACAUGCGAAACGAGUGCUUGCACAACAAGUACGUCUAUGGUACUCCCAUGCCGCCUCAUCAACUCAUGGCCGAUGUCGCCGAUAAACAUCAACGCACCACCCAAACCUACGUCCGACGACCCUUUGGUGUGGGAUUGUUGGUGGCCAGUGUGGACCCGCUGACCCAGAAACCUCAUUUAUAUCAAACCUGUCCUUCGGGAAACUUGUACGAGUUUUAUGCCAGUGCCAUUGGAGCUCGUAGCCAAUCGGCUCGUACCUACUUGGAAAAACACCACGAAACCUUUGGUGAUGCCAGUCGCGAUGAUUUGAUUGUGCAUGCCUUGCAGGCACUGGUUGGAUGUGUGUCGGGGGAUGACGAAUUGACCAAAGAAAAUGCCAGCAUUGGAAUUGUCGGUAAGGAUGAAAAAUUCACGCUUCUGGAGGGUGAUGCCCUUCAGCCAUUCUUGGAUCGAUUGGAACUCAAGGGAGGCGAUGACGAUGAGGAAGAGGCUGGAGACGAUGCCGCGGCUGAAGCGGAACCCAUGGAGACGUAA